AUGGCUCAUCUUUGUAAACUUUUAUUAGGUUUUAUACUGGUACAUAUCGUAGCUGCUGGACAGUCACAGGAAGAGUUGUGUGCAACAGUAACUAAAAUUAAUUGUAACUUACAAUAUUCAGCCGAGCCAAACGAGAUUGUUUGUGGAAAUGAUGGAAAAACCUACUCAAACAGGUGUCUUUACGCGCAGGCUAAAUGUCACAAUAAUGGACUUGAGAUUAAAUGCAAAGGUCAUUGUUCACAAUGUAUGAUUGGUUUCAAAGCAAAUACAAAACCGAGCAGCGUAUCAACAAACACACCAGGAAGACUUAUGUACAGAAAAACUACUAAAAAGAUCAUAGAUGGUGUCACACCGAGAAGAAAUGCUUAUAAAAUUAAAGGUAGAAAGCUCCAAGAGUCAACAAACAGCUCACUUACAGGGGAAAACUCAACUAUAAUGGGUGUGGAAGAACGACUUAAUUUUCGUUCAGAUAACAAUAUUACUAGAACAAGGAAACAAUUACCUGGACAUCAUAUUGCUGAAUCAACAGAAAAUACAAACGGAAGCCAGGAAGUUCAGGGAGCAAUAGAAAAACCCUUGUGUGAGAAUGGUUUGUGUAAUUCUACUCAAAAAAUUAAAGAGUCUACUGAAUCUUCCAUCCUGUCCAUCAUUCAGACCACAACAGAAAUCCCAAGCAUUGAAACAAUCAUGACCACCUUAGAUAUGAUAGUACCGACAACAACUGAAAAAGUCAACGUACCAACGUCAACACAGGAUGACAAAAAUAAAGAUGUUUAUACAGUGAGUUCUACAACUACUCAAGCUACCAAAAACGUUAAGUCUAUAAAUUUAAAGACAACGAAAUCUGUGUUAAUCAGUCUGUUGAAGACAUCCUCCGAACGAUCGACUCGAUCACAAGUAUCGACCACUACUUCACAAAUAACUCCUCAGAUUACAGAUUUGCAGUUCCCAACUGAGAUAGACUUCGUGUUAUUCUGCACAGAUGUUGAUUCUAAGGUAUGCCCGAAGACGUUGGACCCUCUCUGUGGUACAGACAAUCAAUUCUAUCUGAAUCUUUGCACAUUUAACAAAUCCAAAUGUAAAGACAAAACAUUGAUGUUGCGAGAUGAUUUGAGUUCUUGUCGACAGAUUAAACAAUAAUGAAGGGAAUGUCCUUAUCCACCGUGACGUGUUCCUAUACAUUGUGUAAUACAUGAAUAUUGUUGAUCUUGCCAAAUUGUCAUUUUCUGGACAGCAUAAUACUUAUUGUUAUUGAGAUUAUCACAGUUACGUUUGAAUCAUUUUAAAUAGUUGUUCAUAUACAUUUCAGAAAGUUUAACUCAU